ACGAUCGACGCCAAUUUAGCGCCCUUGCGGAACGAAAUUCAUUACUGAAGAAGAGAAUGAAAGUAUUCUAUGCAAACGAACGUGUAAAAUUUGUGGAAAAAUCAAAUUUAAAAAACCGAAAUUAAGUGAGAAGUGAAGAAAUACAACAAAUCAAAUUGCCAAGUGGAAUUAACAUUUUUGCGAAUUGAAGAUUUCCAAGCCAAAUUUUCAAUAUUGCUACAUUUUGAAACAAAAUCUACAGGUUGCGGAACAUCUGCACCAGGUGCAAACAUUGGCAAAUUCCAGUAUAUAGAAACGACGCAAUACCAUCGCCAUGAGUAAGGACAUUUACUACUCUGAUAAAUAUUACGAUGAGAAAUUCGAAUAUAGACAUGUUGUGCUGCCAAAGGAACUGUCGAAAUUAGUACCAAAGACACAUCUGAUGACCGAAGCAGAAUGGAGAUCGAUUGGCGUACAGCAAUCACGCGGUUGGAUACACUAUAUGAUACACAAACCAGAGCCGCACAUUUUACUCUUCCGUCGUCCAAUACAGCAGUAGAAGGCAUGCAUCUCAGAAACCCUUUCAGAAGAACCAGGAGCUACCACUUUUUGCUAUUAAGGUCUCGAACGUCUGCUACACUGCUGAAGUUUCGUGAAAACUAAUCAAAACCAGUUAUCGUCUACAAUUGCGUUUGUGGUUUCUAGAAAAAAAAGAAGCUAAGUGUGGAAGCCUAUUUGAACAGAUUCGUGUUACUGUGAAAUCUUAUUUCAGCCUUAAUUGUUCAAAGGACUACUUAAAUGUAAAUAUAUAUAAAAGAAAAAAAAAAAAUCAAAAACAAACGUAUGCAGUAGAGCCAGGCUGUUUGAUAGGUUUUUAAUAGCAAAAAUAUUUGUAACCUCAUCAUGAUUGCCAUAGAUGUAUUUUGAGAGCCAUCAAGGUUUGCAAAUAUUUUGAACCUUUGAACAAACAGAUU